CCCCCCGCCCCCCGCCGAUGCCUGGGCUCGGCGGCGCCCGCCCGGCCGCCCCGCUGCGCCGCCCGCCCCGCCCGCCCCGCGCUCGCCGCCGGGGCCGGGGCCUCCGCCGGACCGCGCCGAGCCGAGCCGCCACGGCGGCCCGGGGACCUGCCGCGGCCCUGAAUCCCGGCACAGCUGAAGCGACUGCAGGCACUUUAAAGAUGCACGCAAGCGCGGAGGAAGAACUGGAGAAGGAGAGGCUGAGGACGUGGUCCCCUGUGCAGAGCCAUGCUGGCGCAGCUAAAAGAGAGGUCCUGUCUGCGCUCGGGAAAUUGGGAUUUGCUCUGGAGAGGUGGGCUGUUCCCUCUAACUGUGUCUGUAUUGAAUCACAGGGAUGUAGCCUGGAGAGGUCUUUGCUGAGUUGCUGGAGCAUGUCCAUCCAUAUAGCUUGUCCAUGGGAUGGAUUAGCAAUAGCUGCCCUAUUCCUGGCAGGGAACUGUGUCCCCGUCCCUGAAGCCUGUUGGUGAUGCUGCUGCAUGCCCUCUCCCCGUGUUUCGUUAUGCUUUUGUUGUAACCAAAACCUGUGACUCCAAGUCCAUGGCGAUGAAACCCAGGUGAGAGCUAGUGUCAGUGUCUGGCUGGGGAACGAGCCUUUGCCCCUUCUCACCUGGGUCUAGAAAAUGCAGGAGUCUCCAGCCUUCCUCUCCUGCCAGCCUGCACCAGGCAUGUUUUGGCAAUAAAUUAAUAAAACUGGUAAAACCCCUGUAUGAUUUCUCAUGAACAGACUCCAAAUGCAGAACAAGUGUUAAUGCCCAGCCCCAGGACUACCGUGGCUGGCAACAGGGGCAGUCAUGGGGCUGUGCCCCAUGUACGCCUGCACUCGCUGCUGCGUGGACCUGUUUGUCCUCCUCUCCCCAGCACCCAGGUAAGUGCACCCGGUCCCAGGCUAUGGAGCUGGCACCCAGCUCUGCCCAGAGCAGACUGGGAGGCUGCCAUGCUGGGGAGGACCUGCUGUGAAGCACGGUGGGAUGCUUGGUGGUUGGAAGGGGAAGGUGGCUCAGCCCAUGUGUCUGGGUGCUGCAGAGAGCACCCACUCAUUUGUGCUGCCCACAGGGAUCUUUUAUUUACUGGUCUUUACUUGCUAAUUACCAGCGGGGAGUUGGGAAGUCGUGUGUGGGCUUCCCAAAGAUAGAUGUGCAUCUUCUGGGCUUAGCUGGAGGUAGAGCCUAAAGGGGAGAGACAAAAACUCUUAAACAUCAAUGUUUUUUUCCUCCUUUGAUUUUUUUAAUAUUUUUUUUUCUUUUUCACCCCCCAUAUUAUACUAUCAGCUGGGGCCUGCAGAGUUUCAACUUAAAAACAAACCGCUAUUAUUUAAAGUGCCAAUAUUGUACUUGGCUUCCUAUGAGGCAGAAACAUCACCUUUGUCUCUGACCUGGGGAGUGUGUCUGCCUGCCUAGCAGGACUGCAAAUGUUGAGAAAACUGUUAUUUUACUUCUAUUUUGGUGUCAAUUUUUUUUUUGACUGAGCAUUCACUCUUCAGCAGAACUGCAUCAAACACCAGAGGCCACAGGAGAGGACGUAGCCAUCCUAUAUGUCCGCAUGGAGCCUUGUCCCCUGGGUGGGCACCCAGGAGCUGGGCUGGUCUGGGGCAGAGAAGGGUGGCUGUCCUGUUGUCCCCAUGCCUGGGUGGUGGGACCGGAGCUGCUGUGCCCGGCUAUGCACUGGCUGGCUGGUGGUACUGCCUGGUGGGUUUUCUGGUUGUUGUUUCUAGGCGAGGUUUGCAAAAGGUCGCAGAAAUUAAUCUUCUAACUGGGGACCUUGGCACUGCGUGGAAUGAAUGUUUUGCAUUAACAACCUAACUCGUUAAUUCACUGAAACAUUUAAAACCAAACCAGUUAUAUCCAGCCAAGCUGGAAAAAGCUGAAAGUUCAUACUCAGCAGUGCGGAUUUCGAAACCUCCCUUUGUUAAUCUCUGCAGAAGUAAAUUUUCUGAAAUUGCUAAGCUCACUUUGACCAGUCUCGGCAUUGUUCUCCUCAGCCGGGGCAAAGCUGCUCUGCGGAGGGUUAGUGGUGUGUACCUGGACCUGCCGAUGGGGAUGGGAAGGCUCCUGUGCUGGGGAGGAAGGAGGGCUGGUACAGCAAGUGUUACAGGAGGAAUGCUCGCAGCAGCAUUGUAGGUUUUGGGUUGUCUCUAGCAGAAAUGCUGUGUUAUUUUCGUAGGUUGGGCUCCCAGAUUUCACAUCUUCCUCCUCUGUUACUAUUUUCUGAAUUGCUAGGGGUAGUACUUGUGCUCCUUGUACUGGUCUGUGAGCUGGGGCUGGGUCGCUGGCGUGGGGCUUGUGCAAAGGCUGGGCUGCUUGUCCCUGUCACAGGAGUGGGGUAUGCACAGUUGUCUUGCUGUCGUAUGAAUGAACAAGCAUCAGCCCCAGGCUCAGUUCCUGGUGCUUUAGAUAGGAGAGAAACAUACCCCCGGCCACGUGCUGGGCUGGGACCCAGCCUGGCCAAAGGAGCCUUUGGGCUGCCUUGCCUUCCAGCGUUAGUUUCUCUGGGAGCAUCACCUGGGACAGAAUCGGUUUGACUCUGCUUUAAGUCAGCUUUCCCUCAGAUCUCCAACAGCAGUGGCAGGUUUAGGGGCACAGGUCAUUUGACUUGCUUACUCUGCAACCUCACUAUUAAAUUAGCAGGUAUAAAUUAAAUGGGAAGCAUGAAUUCAGGUACAAUCCCAUUGUCUUCCUGGCUGGCAGGUAGCUGUUCCAUUCAACUAAUGUCUCAUUGCUCUAGUUAAUCGUAAAAUAAUACAUAGGAAAUAAAGUUCUUCACACACGGCUGUACAGAUUGGUCUGGGGCGUUUGCAGUGGUGGUACACUGAGCUCUGUUGUAAGCCUGUUUUUUAAUUGAUUAAUUUUUCUGCUAUUAAUUUACCCUAUCCAUUAAAACAGCCUCACUUUAAUGACGGAGAAAUCGGUGAAUUAUCCAUUCUGUUAUAUAUUAGUGGUGUAUUAAAGUAUUAGUGCAUUCCAGAAGGUGAGCAGUGAAUAAAACAUGCUCCGAACAUGUGGUUAUGCAACUGUUCUGUGGAAAUGAAACGGACAAACAGUACACUUGAUUAAUUUUUUUUCCCAGUAAAUUGGCACUGUGAUUCACUUCCAGCUAAAUUUGCAAUCUGUGUUCUCAGGUGGCAUUAAUAUUGGAGCCCCAGCAGGAGAGCUGUGGUGGCUGGGGCCGCUUUGAUUGCAUUUUUAACGAAAGUUGUCGGAGAGAGCAUGGAGCUUGAUGCAAAUGUGCUGGUAAAUGAAAUGCAGAGCUUUUAGGUUCUCCGUAGGUGGGUCAGGCCAUUCACAUUUACCCAGGAUAACAGUGACAGCAUGCUCGGGAGGGGCGCUCCGUUAACAUGGCACAGUGGGGGUCUUUGUGUACCUCCCUUGUUCUGUAUCAAAUUUACUCUGUUGACAGAUAAAAAUAAUCCUUUCGAUAUCUGCAACUCCAUGAACACUAGGUAAGCUCCGUCUGGGACUCGAGCUGUCUCAGUAAUGGAGGCUCUGGAACUGCAUCUCUCAGGAGUUUGCUGGAAACGAAAAAGCUUGCAGAGGGCUCACCAGUUUCUCCCUGGCCUGUGUUAGAGCUGCGGAAUAAAAUUAAGUUCAGUGGCAAAUAUGAACAUUUGUCAACGUUUGACAACAACUCCUUGGGACGUCAUGAAAUUUCUGGAAUCUAGGCCACAGAGCACUUGCAGCAGUGCUUUUUAAAUUUGAAUUUAAAUUAAAUGGAAGAAAAAUAAUAAUCUGGAUCAAUCGUAGUGAUGGCUAGCAAAAGAAAAUCCACAACUCCCUGCAUGAUACCAGUAAAAACACUGGUGCUUCAGGAGACUGAACUGGAUGCUGUAGAAGAGGAUCGUGAAGGAACACAACAAGAUGCUCCUGUGGAAGGGCCAGCAGCUGGUGAUACUGGUGCCAGUAACAGCAAUAACGGAGCUUUGUCUAACGGGCACCGUGGUGUUGCAGAUAGCGACACUUACAUCUGUAAGUCUUGUGACUUUGGAUCUCAAGACGUUCAUCACUUCUUUGGGCACUUGGAUUCUGAGCACUCAGACUUUAGCAAAGACCCUGCGUUUGCAUGUGUUGCAUGCAAGUUUCUGGCAAACAGCCAUGAAGGGCUCUCUCACCACAAUGCAGAGUCGCACGCUGGUGAAACGAGUUUUGUCUGGAGGGUGGCUAAGCAAGACAAUCACACAACUGUGGAGCAAAGUCUCUGCGAGGCCGCCAGCAGCCAUGAUCUGCCGGGAGAGGUUGCUGAAGAAGGGGCAGAUGGUCAGUCUGAAAUUAUCAUUACCAAAACCCCCAUCAUGAAGAUAAUGAAAGGUAAACCCGAGGCCAAAAAAAUCCACACGCUGAAGGAGAAUGUGUCAAGUCAGCUGGGCAGUGAGUCGGAGGCAAAAGACGGGGAGCAUUCAUUCCCAAACGGGUCUGUGCCAGCCAGCCAGCCCACUGCAAGUUCGACAAAAUCAUCUCAUAUAGCGAAUGGCUCCAUCAUAGGAAACGUGCCUGUUCUGCAGGCGGGUGUUGCACAACUUGUGUCACUGCAACAGCAACCCCCGCUGCAUCAGCAGCUACCUACGUCCAAGUCCCUUCCCAAGGUGAUGAUUCCCCUGAGCAGCAUUCCCACAUACAACGCUGCCAUGGACUCCAACAGCUUCCUGAAAAACUCUUUCCACAAGUUUCCCUACCCCACCAAAGCUGAGCUCUGCUACUUGACCGUGGUGACGAAGUACCCAGAAGAGCAGCUGAAGAUCUGGUUCACUGCCCAGAGGUUGAAGCAGGGCAUCAGCUGGUCACCAGAGGAGAUCGAAGAUGCCAGAAAGAAGAUGUUCAACACUGUUAUUCAGUCUGUGCCGCAACCCACCAUUACAGUUUUGAACACACCGCUGGUUGCGAAUCCUGGGAGCGUACCCCAUCUUAUUCAGGCAACUUUACCAGGCCACGUGGUGGGGCAGCCGGAGGGGACGGGGGGGCUGCUGGUCACGCAGCCCAUCAUGGCAAACGGGUUGAAGGGCACUAGCUCCUCCUUCAGCUUGGCGGUGACUUCUGUCCCCAAGCCACAGCCGGUGGCACAGCACAGCACGGUGACCUCCAGCAACACGUCGGGGGUGAAAGUGGUCAACAGCGCCCAGUCGCUGCUCACUGCCUGCCCGGCGAUCUCCUCGCAGACCUUCCUGGAUCCCAACAUGUACAAAAACAAGAAGUCCCACGAGCAGCUCUCAGCCUUGAAAGGCAGCUUCUGCAGAAACCAGUUCCCUGGCCAGGCCGAAGUUGAGCGGCUGACAAAAAUCACGGGCCUGUCUACCAAGGAGAUUCGAAAAUGGUUCAGCGAUAGGCGGUACCACUACAGGAACGUGAGAGGCGGCCGAGCCGUCUUCCCUGGAGACAGCGCUCUUGAUUCCUUGUCCGAAAUACCCUUCGAUGUCUCACCCAGAGGAGCCGAGCUGAGCCCUGCAGCGGCGGUGGCCACGCCGGCCCCUCACCCCCCGCCGCGGCGGCAGUCAUGGCACCAGGCGCCCGACUUCACACCCACCAAGUACAAGGAGCGGGCGCCGGAGCAGCUGAAGGCCCUGGAGAGCAGUUUUGCCCAAAAUCCACUUCCCGCAGAGGAAGAGGUGAACCGCCUGAGGGGGGAAACAAAGAUGACACGGAGGGAGAUCGAUAGCUGGUUCUCGGAGAGGAGGAAGAAGAAGGUGGCAGAGGAAAAUAAGAAAGUGGAGGAGGCGGCUCGGCAGGAGCAGGAGGAGGUGGAGAAUGGUGGUGGGGAAGGAGAAGACUCCUUGGAUGAGCUGAGGGCCGCGGGCGAGAACGGCUCAGUCGACGCCUCUGGCAACAACCCCAACUCCAUGGAGCGGAAAGUGAGUCCCAUCAAAAUCAACCUGAAAAACCUGCGAGUGACUGAGUCCAAUGGCAAAGGCGAAUUACCGGGGACCGGCGCAAAUGAGAAAGGGGAUGGCAGCUCCAGCAGACCACCCACCCCUCCAAAAACCAAACUGAACUUUAAAAAAACGGCCCAGCAGCGGCACCUGCUGAAGCAAAUGUUCGUGCAGACCCAGCGGCCCACGAACCAGGAGUACGACGCCAUCGUUUCCCAGACGGGUUUGCCACGGGCUGAGGUCAUUCGCUGGUUCGGGGACAGCCGGUAUGGCUACAAGAACGGGCAGCUGAAGUGGUAUGAGAACUACAGGCGGGGGGUCUUCCCCCCGGGGCUGGUGGAGGUCAGCCCCGCCGGCCGGGAGGUGCUGGAGGACUACUACGAGAAGCACAAGGGGCUGCGGGAGGAGGACGUGCCCGGGCUCUGCGAGCGCUCCCACCUCAGCGCCCAGCAGCUCAAGGUGUGGUUCGCCGUGAAGGCGGAGGAGGAGAGCAGGGGGCCCGGCCCCGAGGAGGCCUGUGCCGGCAAGGCGGCGGGAAGCCGCAAAGGGCCGUGCGAAGCCAGCUCAGAGGUGUCGGAGAGCGGCGAGUCGUGGGAGCCGGGCGGCCAGGAGGGCAGCGCCGGGACCCCCGAUGCCCCUGGCCCGCCGCCCGCUGCACGGCUCGAAACAGACUGAACUCAAAACACCAGCCCUGGAGGAUCCACUCUUACCCUUGAGAAGAAGUUUUUGGUCUUUAAGAAACCCAUGGGCCGGCCUGAUCCAAACCUCAGGAGCAGGACAUGGUGAUAAAGCACUGCCAUAAAUGAGACCUUUGAGCACAGCACACGAGAGAGCAUGUGUGCAAAAACUGGGCACGUAGUGCAGAGCUCUCGGUGGCCCAGCCGAGGAGAUGGCUGAGAGCUGGCAGAGGCGGGGGCUCAGCUUGCACCCAGGAAAUAGGAUGCUCUUGUUUGCUUUACAGUGGACAGACUUUCAGAUUUCAUAUUCAUAUACCGAUGCCUACAGCUGCCUAUACAAGCAUAACAAAUCUCAGACAUUGUGUAAACAAGGUCAUUGCUUAGAUAUGGACUAUCAUGGCACAGUACUUUUUUCUUUUUUCCUUUUUUUUUUUUUUUUUUUUUUUUUUUUUUUGCAUCUGUCUGUUAAGGUGUUUGUUCUCUAAAGGUUGGCAUGGCUGCAUAUAUCCUCUCCACCCUUUCUGGUCCUUAAGCCCUGGCAAUGUAGGGCUUUGCGGGCACACAAGUGUGGGUGUGUUAGGAAAGGAAAGGUGUCUGAGAACAAAACUGCCAGUCUUGCAUUGAAGUCCAGUGGGAGUUGAGUGAGAUUUUCAUCCCUGUGGACGAGGUUAGAUUUAGCAUUGCAUACUCUCCAAUAAGGAGCAGGUUCCCAGGCCCAGACAACCCAGGUGAUGGAGUUUGGUGUCAUUUGUCCCUUGCUGGCUAGAAUAUUUUCCCCUGCACUCUUGGAGACUGACUGUAGCAGGCUAUUAAAUCUCCAAGGCUCCCUUUAAUCACUGAGAACUAGCAUAUAAUAAUUUUUCCAUCCUGACCUGGAAUCCUUUUCAUUGUUCAGAGAGAACAAGCUGUUCUUCAGAGAACAAACACAGAGAAUACGUAGCAUUGCUGUGCAAGUGGUUCAAGUCAUUGUCGUCUCCAAGGGAUUGGCGAGGCAGCAGCUCUUCUGCAAUCAGGAAGUUUCCCUGUUGCAGCACUACAUGACAGAUCCUCCUGCAGCAGCGCUGGUAACUUCAAGUGUUUGUUCCAGUCUUUUUCUUUUUCUUUUUUUUUUCCCUCCUCUUUUUUUUCCAUUUUUUCCCCAGUCCAUCUGCAACAGUUCUGGCGAAACAGCAAAAUAAAUUUCCCAUUUAACCUUCCUGUUUGCCAGUACCUGUACAUUUUUUAUGUGCCCAUGUUGUCUUGGGUGGUUGCUGUGUGAUGCAACUAUUUGAAGAUUUUUUUAUUAUUCUUUUCUAACAGAAAACAAGGUCUGGAAGGGAAACUCUUGAGCUGAAUAUUCCAGCCAAAUGCUGUGUCAGACCAUUCUGUCACAAGCUAAUCAAAUCCCAGCUCAAAAUUGGUUCCAUGUCUUGCCUUCACUGUUGCUCUUGGAAGGCUAUUCCAGAACUUCACUGCCUUUGAAUGGUUAGAAACUUUAUUUAAAUUUCUAGUUUGAAUUAAUUCAUGGCUGGUUCAUUCCUGGUUUGUUUUGGAGCCAACAUUGUCCUUUAACUUAAAUAGUUUUUGGUGUUUAUCCGCUGAUGUAUUUAUGGAGAGUAGUCAUAGCUCCUUAUUUUUGCCAAACUAACUCAGCCAAGCUUUUUCAGUAGAAGGUUUUUAUUUAGUGAGAGCUUUUUAAUGUGGGAGACUUUAUUGUUGGUGGUAAAUGAUAUUUAUUAGAAGGGUGGGUAGCAAACCCCAAAGGAUCGGAUCCAGAGAUUUACAAAAAAAUCUGGUUUAAAAACAAAAAAGCUCUUUCAGAACCUCUUCCAAAGAUGGUGUCUGAUUUCUACCUUUAAUUGCCCUUGCUUUUCCAAUUCUUUCUUCGUCCCCUGUUUAAGAGGCCGCCUUGCUCAACUUUAUCUGCUCAGGGCUUUACAAGAGUGAGGGCUUUCUCCCGCCUGGCGGUACGUGCCUGCAUGGUAGGUGCCUGCGCCUGAGCUCAUGUCGCUCCGCUGGCCCAUGGUGAAACCCACACGGCCAGGAGCAAGCAUUUGCUUCAGAAGGAGAUGACCUGCACCCUGAAGAGAGCCGGGGGUGAUGUGCUCGGAGGCAGGCACCCACCCUGCAGCCAUCCCUUGGCAGGCUGAUGAAUCCCCCAAAUGCUUCGAGCCGGGGUGGCGUUGACCCAGAACACCCUGCUGUGACACCAGGCUCCCUCAAUUUCUUUCUCUUUGGAAGCACUAGUGCUGGCCACGCCGUGGUUGGAGGCAUAACUGGCAGCAAUCCCCCCUCUGCCUCCUGUCGCCCAGGUGGGCAGCAGCCCCGCGGCUCUCCUCUGGGAGAGCAGGGGUGGCUGCGCUGCAGAGACAGCCAGAGCUCCAGGGGUUCACCCUCACGGGCACAAUCCUGCACACCCCAAAAUGUUCCAGGCGAGGGGAGAAUCUGGGUGGUCCUGGAGCCAGAGGUAGCAGAUCUGGGAGUCGUGCGGCCCAAGAGUAUGAGUGUAUGUACAGUGUUACCUUCAGAGAACAAAUACAGGUAGGUCAAUUUACUCUCUAGUGUCUAUGUACAUGCAGGUUUAUUUAAGUACACAUAUAUACAGUUCAGAUAUGCCAUUGAUUCUUUAUUGCAUUAAGAUGUACAUUAAAAAUGUACACUUUUACUAACUACUUGCUAUAUAAACGUGUUGGAAGUGUAGUUUGCCCAUUCAAGGUGAUUUUCUGUGGGAUUUUUGGUGUACACUUAAAGGUCUAUGGCUAAUUGGAAGAGUGAUCCCCGCUCCAUCUACAGAAAUGCUUGAGGACUAUGGUAUGAAAUGGUCCCUUCAAACCAUUUUUCCGUGCACUAGCUGGAAGUUUUUGCACUUGGAUUGUAUUCGGCCAGUUUUCCAGAAAAACUGAAAAGAGAAGUCUUGUGAGCUAGAGGGAGAAUUUCCCAGUGUACACAGAAAAACCAGCCUUGAGGGUUGGAAGCUGCUGAGGUUUUUGAGCUUUGUCUCCAUGCAUUCAUACAAGCACAGCAGGAGUUUUCUUUCUUUUGGGUCGGAGGAAUUUUAAAAAGUGGUUCCAUUCAGACUCCCCUCGGACGCAGCAACUGGGCUGGCAAGCCCCAUUGCGUGGGGAGGGUAAGAUUUAGAGACAGAAAAACAAAAAAGUAAUCGAGUUCCCUUUCUAACUCCUACAUUCCUUGUUAUCUGCAUUUUUUAGUUGACUUGAAAUCUCCAUGAAAGUAUAAGCUGAAGAUUUUUUAAGGGUCUGUGGUCCUCUGUUUCCCUAUUGCAUCGUUUUUGAAGCUGAGGAGAAGCAGGUGUCCUCUCCAAAUAGAUUCAGGUUUUGGUGCAGGACAUUAGGAAUGUGUUUGCAUCUGAAACUGAAAGGAAAAAUUGAGAGGUGGCUUGACAGUCCCAGCAGCAGCUCUUCUGGUGUUAAGAGGAAGUGUCACCACAGUUCUACAGUGUGUGAAUAUUUAUCAUCUAAUCAAAGAUGACUAUAUGACUUGAAAGGAGGGGUGUAAGAGAGAGGUCAUGUAGCCAGCAUCAGCAAGGAAGGGAAAUGAAAUUUUUUACCUCCACCCACCAUGUGUGAGCUUGGGCUCGACAGGCACAGUAGUAACUAUCAUUUUUAAUCCACGUGAAUCUUGUUACUUAUAUCUCUGAGGCUGCUUAGAUUAAGGACACAAUCCAAUUGCUUAAUAACCUGAAACGCUGAUUUGUGCUGUACCUGGCUUGCUCAUGUAAGUGGCUGCUGGUUCUCCUGAUGCAAGGAACAGUUACUUCAUUCAUUCAUGUCAGCAGGCCCUGCCAUGAGAUUUCUAGACAUGGCUGUGUGUUUUAUUUGGGUAGCUUAUUUUUCAGCUCCUUAAUUAACAUCCUGGAGACCAUUCUGGGGGUUUUUUCCCUUUUUUUUUUUUUUUUUUGAGCAGAAUGCUAAAACCCCGAUAAUUCACAGGCUCCUAUUUCCACUGGCCCACAGCCGAGGUGACAGGAUUGAGCACAGGUGAUUGCUUCGAUGCAUGGCAUCCAGCAAAUGCCUGCAGAGGUCCAGCCACAGGUAUUUAGCACAGCAGCAUGUCCCCUCCCUGCCAGGGGCUUGCGUUGGUCACCAAGAGAAGCCCACAGCUGAAUGCAGAGCCUUAACCUGCUCAGGCGAUGCUCGCACAGAAGCUGGAGCUGCAAGGAACCUGCUUGAUUAAUUUUUGCUAGGUGUCCCAUGUCUGUUCAGGAGGAAAAGGAGGCUGUAGAAGGCUGGUUUUCCAUUUGGGAUGGGGUAUUUAUUUAUUAUUUUUUUAAUGAGAAGCAACGAUUUUUGGUCAGGGGUAGAAGUGUUGUAUUCUGUCUUCUCUGCAGCCCCUCUCUUGGAGACAUUACAGAGGUAACCUGAUCAGAAGGUGAUAUUUGGAGGCUGGGCCACUGGGAAUCAGAAGAGAAAGAUGAUUUUCAGCACUUAGGCAGAAAUAAGAAAGUUAAUACAAUGAUGCACCUUCCAGUCAAGUUGAUAGUAUUUAAAACGGAUGUAAACUUCGCUCUCCUGUUGCCCAGGUAAUUUUGGCUUUGCUCUUGUCAAAUGAAUUGGUGGCCUGAUGUGAUUCAGCUCAUGGCAGUAAGCUCUGUUGUAAUUUCUCAGUUGAUCAUAAAACCAGCAGGGUAAGAUUAGGCAACACUGCAAAUGGAGGGGGGGUGAGACACUUGCAAGCUGUACUUCUUUUUAUCAAGUUUAGUUUCUGCUGUAUGUUUUACUGGCAGUGGUCCCUGCCAGGAAUGCUGGAUCAGCGUCGCAAAACUUUAAAGCAGAGCAAGGGAGCUCUGUUACCUAAGCAGUGAUUUUUUUUUUUUAUUUCUUUUUUUGUUUUCAUGUUAUCACCUGUUCCAGUAAAGAGUGCUCUGUUGGCUGACGCUGGCCAUAUUUUGAUGGCACAAUUAAAGCCACUUUUUCCCUGUACUGGUGGAAGGUGGUAUUAGGAGGACUCUUGCUUACUGGUGCUAGUGAAGGUUGGGCUAGGAAUCCACGGCAUAGAAAACGUCUUGCUAAAAUUGCACUUUCUCUCUGCCCCAUCUGGCUCGUGGUGGUGUUAUGGGUACGUGGCUGUGAUUCCCCUUGCACAUACUAACAUUGCACUAAAAGAGAGACUUUGGGAACAGUGUGUUGAUCACUUUGUUUCUCAGCAGACCACAAAGUCAGCCUAACGGGGUCUCUUUGUUUUUUUUUUGGUUUUUUUUUUUUAAUUAUUAUUUAGAAAUCAUGCUGGUGCUGAAUGACCUGGAAUUUUUGCUUGGAUUUAUCCAAAGGAAAAUGUAAUUGUAGCUGCAACGGGACCUUUCAUAAGGGUGGCCGUGCAGCUAGGGAGCAGAGCGAGGGCUCUGCUGUGUAAACCGUCUUUGUACCAGGGAGGUGUGGGGGGUUCCAGUGGGGUUAUUAAUUGUGUUUUUUUUUAAGACCACAAUUUUAGAUGGUCACCUUGGCAAUCGUGUGAGACAGGAAAUAGUUUUUACUUUUGGUAAAGGUUUUCAAGAGGAAAAAAAAGUGAAGCUGCCUGUGAUUGUGGGCUGUAGCUAUUACUAGGGCUAGGGUAGCUUGUACCUGCUAUGGACUUUACCUGCUCUUAUUCUGAGGGCGAGAACUCCCUGUAGCAACAAUGCCACUUCUGAGAAGUGAAUGGCAAGUUUCCCUUCCUUUUGUAUAUGUGGAUGUGAGGGUGGGCGAGGGGAAGAGCUUGCUUGUACAGUUUGUUGAAAUGAAACCAGACAUUUUUGGUUGUUCCUAAAUAAAGAGCGUAAAAGAUAAA